AUGCUGUUAACUAUCCCACCUAAAACUCAAGAGCAAAAACAGAAAACGCCGUCUGCAAAAAGUACAUCCUUUUAUGGGCGACUAGAGAAACCAAAUAUUGAGAAAGUUACAUUCGGGAAAUAUGAGAUUCGGCCCUGGUAUGGUAAUCCCGCUUAUUUCAAUCCAUAUGAGGGUGUACCGAAUAUGUUGGGCUAUGACUAUUCAAACAUGAUAGCAGCAGAUCCAAUGUCUCGGAAACGACUAAAGUCAUAUUCCGUUGAGGAAUGUUUUAUUGAUCAUCUAUUUGUCUGUGAAUACUGUUUCAAAUAUUCAGUCAAUGAAAAUGAGAUGUUGGAACACUGGGAGGUUUGCAAAUACCAUAGGGAGAAUCCGGAUGUUGGAGCGAUGGUGUAUUAUGAUCGCAAGAGGAACCAUAUCAUUCGUGAAGUUAGAGGAUACGAAGAUCCCCUAUUUUGUCAAAACUUGUGUCUUUUCGGAAAGUUAUUUCUUGAUGAUAAAUCAGUAUACUUCAACAUUGACCAUUUCAACUUUUAUGUCUAUUACGCCAAAGAUGGGGAAAGGGAUUACGUACCGAUGGGGUUCUUCUCGAAAGAGAUGAUUGCUUAUGAUGCCACCACCAAUUUGGCGUGUAUUUGUGUGUUUCCUCCAUUUCAACGAAGACACAUUGGUGCUAUGCUAAUUGAAUUUCUGUACGCUAUAGCACGGUUAACACAAGAAAGCAGCGGUCCCGAAAUUCCACUAUCACCAUUUGGUAAGGUGAGUUAUUUGAACUAUUGGUCAAAAAAUUUAGCAAAAGAGUUGUUACAAAGACGGUCAAGGACUUUCACUUUGGAAGAAUUGUCAAAAGCUACAGGCUAUCGAAAGGAGGACGUCUUGUACACAUUGGAACAUAUGGAGGUUUUAAUUCAAGAACCCAACGGUGAGGUGACUUUCUCCAAUGAUCGAUUUCAAGAAUGGGUAAAAUCAACCAAGUUCGAUGUCAUCAGGCAACAACCACUACUCGAUACAAAAUCCUUCUAUUUGUAA